UGCAUUAAAAAUGGCGGCUUCCAAAUUAAGCGAUGAAGAGCUUCUUAGUGACCCUGCAGGAAUCACAUUCCAAAAACCAUCUGAGCUUGAUCUCUUGGGAGAAGAUGGAGAACUUGAUGAAGAUGCCCUUCUUGGCAUGGAUGAAGCUGGUGCAAAAUCUAUUUCAUAUAAUAGUGAAUCUGUUCGAAGUAUGUCUUCAAGACAGAGAUCUAGAACUGCAACAGCAAACCAGCUUUCAGAAGCCCAACAAAUGACCAUCGAGAAUGAGCAAGCAUUUGUGUUUGAAGAGUCAGACACAGCAGACCUUGAGCAUGAGCUCAGUGUUGUUGGAGAAGAUGAGGGACAUUUCCAUGUUUCUGGUCAGGAGAAUAUUUACCAUAGUGAAGGAGACUACUCAGCCAUGUACCAGCAUGUUGAUGGAGAUGGUGCCAGUUUAGAAAUGGCAUCUGAAGAUAAUCUUCAUGUUGCAUUUACCUCAGACGGCAUCUUACCACCAAAUGACAUGGGUUAUGUUGAAUCACAUGAUGAUCAAAGUGGAUACAAUGGUGAACAACAAAGUGUUUUUGUAGAGGAAGCUGAUGUAGGGUAUGCUGAAAGUAACACAGAUGGGACUAUGUUAGAAUCAUCAGGUGUAGAAUUGGGCUAUGAUCAACCAGUAGAACAAGAAGAACAGGUGCAUCUUGAGUAUGGUACACCUGAAGAUAGCAGUCAUAAUGAAACUGAAGUGCAGGAGCAAGUUGAGGCCACUGAGCAUUUUGAAAGUGAGAGCGAAAGUGAUGAAGAUAGCUCAAGACAUGGGAGAGGAAAAUUUACCAGUGAACGAACUGGUGUCAUUUCUCUUGCAGCUGCACCUGCCAGAGAGGCAAUACCUGACACACUUGAAAUCAAUGAAGAGCAAGCUGCACAAAUUGAACAGUUUAUGACUGACAAAAAUACGAGAGGCAAACAUAAAACAAGAGGCCAAGGACGGCUGAGUGUGCACAGCAGAUUGGGUACAAAGCCUGGGCCGAUGAAUAGUAUUUUACAAGGUCCCCGGAUGGUAAUGUUUCCUAGAGGAAUGGUCUCACAGCAGCACAUGCGAAUGGGUCCUCAGUUUCAGAAUUCACAAAAUAGAGGCCAGUUUCCUGGUAUGAUGAAUCAGAGAGGGCCAUUUCCCUUGCGAUUAAUGAAUCAGCGGGGAGCUUUCCCCCAAGAACAAAGGAUUCCCUUUCUUGGUGGGCCAAAUAACCAAAGGCCUUCUUUUCCUGGAGUACCCAACUUGCUUUCAAAUGCAGCACAAAGGACUAUGUUUUCACCCCUUCUUUCAGGGAGAUUUCCAGGCCCACCUAAUCAGAGAGGACAAAUUAUAGGUCAACAGCAGAGGGGACCCAUUUUACAAAAUCAAAGAGGCCCAGUGUUUCAACAAAAUUUAAGAGGUUCACAAACAGGGCCGCAGUUUAGAGGUCCUAUGCCUAAUCAGGCACAGGGACCUCAGAGUUUGUUCAACCAAAGAAUGCAAAACUUGUCCCCAAUGAGAUUGCCAAUGGGUCAAAACAUAAGAAUCUCUAUGUCCGGCGGUCCUGGCCAAAGCCCUAGACCUUUAAUGGGAUCUAAUAACCAGAUGAGGAUGAAUCAUCCUGGAGUUACACCUUCACAGGGACAACCCAUCCCAUCUCUUGUUAAGCCAGUAUCAACACCUCCCCAGUCUCUGAUGAAUCUUCAGCCAGGAGAACCACCAAGGUUAUCUCCGCAUCAGCGACUUGGGAGGUUGCAAGUUCAAAAUAGACAGUCCCAACCUAAUGGUCAACAGGGGCCUGGGUUUUUUUUUAGAGCCCCAGGCCCUGGAAUGUUGGGUGUGGGUCAGGUAGGAUCUCAGUUUCAAGCACAGAAUGAAAUGCAGAUGAUGAAAAAGCAUAAGAUAUAUAUCAAUCCUCGCUUCCAAAACAAUAAUGUUAGACCUCAGAAUCCACAAAAUUUUCAAGGAAUAACUAGAACAGUAAAAAUGGGCAUCCCUGUUCAGAUCAAAAAAGCAAAAGCUUUAUUAGACAAAGCUAAGCAGACUCAGAUGAAACAGGUAUCGCAAACAUUAGGUGCUAAAAGAAAAUCUACUGGUGGAGAUGAUGUGCCUGCUAAAGUUUUCAAAACUGAGCUGAAAGCAACAGACCAGGAAAUUAAAGAGGAUAGUAAAGUUGUUCCAGAAAAACCAGAGCAAGAGGAACCUAUGGAUGAAGAAAGUCGUAAACUGCAUGAACUUCUAGAAGAGCAAAGAAAGCAAAGAGAACUGAUUCAAAAAAAGAAAGAGUUGGCAAGGCAAAAACAAGCAGAAAUAAAACGUAAAGAACUGGAAGAAAAGCUGAAACAGGAAGGUAAGACAAUUGAUGAUAUCUUGGGGAGCACAGAGUCUCCAGAACAACAGGAGCAACAGGCUAAUGCUCCUGCCAAGCCAAUAAGUCAGUCUGUAGCAGCUCGUCUUGGUCCACCACCUAGUCACAGGAAAGAAUCACUGACAUUACAGCAACAACGUCCACCAUUUCAGCAACAGAGACCCGUUAUGCACCAGCAUAGAGGUCCACCACAACAACUCUUUAGAGUUGCAGCCCCAAGAGCUAGUGCUGUGGGUCCAGCUAUGAUGCAGAGACCUCUAAUGUCUCAAGGAAACUCUCAACAAAUACAAAGAUCUUACCCUAAUCAGCCAGUUAUGAUGGUACAGUCAGAACAGAGAAUGAGAAUGCCCAAUGAUGCUCAAGUUCGGGGACCAGCAUCAAAUACCAAUGUACAAUAUCAAGGGCCAACUAUGGGAAUGCAGUUCAGAAAUGUACAGCAGAACAUACAGUUUAGAUCACCUGCACCUUCAGACCCCAGGUUUAUGAACCCUGUUAACAAUUCUAAUCUUAACUUCCGGGGACCUCCGCCUACUAAUGACCCUAGACUUAAAACACCAUUUCAGCCAACUAAUGUUCCAAGACCAGCUGUCCCCAGACAGUCAUCUACAUUUUCUGCACCACCACCCACUGCUACUCAGAAUGUGAGAUACCAACCACCCCACUCUGCACCCCUUCAAGCACCUAUUCGAGCACCCCCACCUCAGCAGUACUCAUCCCAGCAUGGCCCAGCUAGUGCUCCUGUCUCUAAACAACAAUACCAUUACCCCCCUGUUAACCAGCCACCUCCAGUGUCUUACAGCUCAACUCAGUACUCAGCACCACCAUACCAGCCCCAGCAGAGCCAGCCGCCAGUACAGCAGCAGCAGUACCAGCAGUAUCAACAACCUCCUCCAAGCUCCCAGCAGUAUGCUCAACAUACAAACCAAUAUCAGAACUCAGCAGAUCCAAAUUACCAAGGCCAUUUAAUAGCCCCACCUGACCAGUACCAAGCCCCACAGCCUGUACAUCAACAUCCCCAACAGUACCAACAGCAGUACCAACAGCAAUACCAACAACAGUAUGACUAUUAUGGUCAGGGACAGCCAUCUCAUACGGUUCAUACUAACCAGGCACAACCCAGUAUUGUUUAUGAUCAACGUACUGUUCAACAUUCACCUGUGGGUCAGCCAAUACAAACAAUAGGUCAAAGAAUUCAACCAGUGACUGGAACACAGAUGAGAUCCAUCAUCCAUAAUGUGGCAGUGUCAACACAAAAUACAGCUCCACAAAAUUCUUCUGUUCGUUUAGUUCAGACACGUUCUGAAGGGAAUCGGGCUGUAGUGAGCGGUCAGGUACCAGUUUUAGAUGGACCUCAGAAGGUUGUUAUAAUGAAUGUUCCCCAGCUUGCCACUAGGGAAACAAUAAUCAAAAUUUGUAGGCACUUUGGACAAGUUUUAGGUGUCAACCUAAUAAGAGAGCAAAACAAAGCAAUAGUCCAAUUUCAGAAGGGAGAGCAGGCUGCAAAAUGUGUUGGGAAAUGUGAUCAGAAAUGCCUGCAUAAAACAAGACUGACAGUGAGGCUUUUGCCAGGAUGAAGAAAAACUUCUGAAAUCUACAUAAAAGAAACUGGAAUAGAUAAAUAUUAAGAUUUUAAUGUUAUUGUGCAUUUUGUAAAGUCAUUUUUAUAUAAUUUAAGGAUUUAUUUCAGAGGGUUUUGGCCUGCAGGUAAGAGAACAUUUAAGCUUAUUUUUUCACAAUUACAAUUCUUAUUUUGGAGUAAAUUUCUGAACUCUAAUUCUGAACAAAGUCUGUGUUUUUUAUGCUUAAUUGUCUUGGUUUUAACUAUAAAAAGAAAUUAACCUUUGGUCUUGUUUUUUAUAGAGUAAUUUAUCUGUAUGUGUAUAAAUAAUUAUAAAAGAAACUAAAAUGCAAAAAAAAAAACCCCAAAAACUGGAGAGUGGGGUACAAAGAAAAUCAUAUUAAUUUUAAAAAAAAUAAUUCAUGUUUGAUUUUUCUGUCCUUCAUACAUUUUUCUCAAGGUUGCCAUUCUGCAUUUCAAAUUAAAACACUCAUUCAAAACCCAUAGUUACAAAUUAAUUGUUUUAUGUUGCUUAGCUCAGACAUUUUUCAUCAUGUUUUUCAAACCUAGACAUGGUCACAUUGUUGUUUUAUUGAGAUCAUCCUAGCAGUGUUUCUUCCAGAC